AUGUGGGUUGUGCCAACCAGGCACAACAAGACGCUGACCCAAGAAAUGCUGGCUUGUCCCGACCCUCUCUUAAGGGUACCCAGACAAGGGAUUUUGACGCUGGCUCUUUUCUCAUACUUUAUAACAGUACAAAGAAAGGAAACAACCUUCCCGCCGGAGGAACCUGGUCCGUUGUGCUAGUAUCAGUAGAGGAUAUCAUCAAGAGGCGUCGUGCGUGCUGGCACGUUCAGGUAUACUACUGGGGCUGAAAUAUCGAAGGUCGCAGCAGCCUCUGACAACGGUCCGAAAUCUGCGCCGGAACCAAGCGGAACCCAACACUUGUCACAGCGGUGCUCACCACCACGGACCGCAAACCCCUCAACUGCGGGUUGUCAGCAGUAGCUGGUGGCAUCAGCUACUGCUGUAAACCUGCAGUUCAGAAGAUUGGGUUCAGUGGCGGCGAGCACAAGCAGUACAAGACACUGGGUGUCGAUCUAACUUGCGGAGAUUUGCGGAGAUUGUGGGCCACUACAACGACACUCGAUACCACCACCACAGAAGAAGUUUUGAGCGCGCCAACACACCCCCCCGCUGCUAUAGGGUGUCCUCUAGUGAUAUUGGUACAAUGGACCAGGUUCCUAGCAAC